AUGUCAUUCCUUUCGGAACAACAUGGGUUCCAAUCUGGAUCCUCCACUACUUCACUACUGUCCGAUUCGGUCUAUGAUUGGAUGACCGAGGUAAACAAAGGGAAGUCAGUUGAUGUAAUACUAUUCGACCUGUCUAGAGCGUUUGACAUGGUAAACCAUAAAAAGCUUCUCUUCAAACUCGAAAACUAUGGAGUUCGCGGACAGUUGCUCAGUUGGUUGAAAUCGUAUCUUCAAGAACGACACAUGACUGUAAAGGUCCAUAACAGUUACUCCAAGCGUUAUACAUUGCAAACCGGCGUUCCGCAAGGCAGUGCACUCUCGCCGCUCCUUUUCCUCGCGUACACUGCUGAUCUUCCCAGCUAUUUGAAAACCCAUCCUGACAUGAAAGUUCAAAUGUUCGCGGACGACAUCAAAAUAUAUUUUUCGUAUCAACCUAAUGACCAAACUUUCGCCCACAACACGAUUUCGCUGGCAAUCCAGAGAAUGAUAUCAUGGUCAAGACAAUGGGAUCUACCUUUAAAUCUUUCCAAAACAGUAGCUUUGCAUUUCGGAGAGGCUCCUCAGAUUCCCUACUUCUGCAAUUCAACAACUAUUCAAUAUCAAGAGCAAGUUCGAGACCCUGGGGUAAUAAUUGAUAAAUCGUUCGACUUUUCCACUCAUUUUGACGUUGUCACCAAAAAAGCGCUGUCGUCUAUUUUUGUAAUAAUGAGGAGCGUGCACGUUAAGGACCCUGAUUUACUAAUAUUUCUUUACAAGACAUACGUUUUGCCACAUCUAGAAUACGCUACGCCAGUCUCGAGUCCAUUCUUGAAAAAGGACAUCAAGAAGUUAGAGAAAGUGCAACAAAUUUUCGCUAGGCUGGUUUAUUAUAGCUUUCCCGAUCCGGGUUACUCUGACACACUUCCCUCCUAUGAAAUUCGACUCAACGCGCUGAAAUUAAAGAGCUUGAAGUACAGACGAGUAGUGAACGAUUUAUUUUUGAGUUUUCGAAUCCUACGAAUGGAAGUUAAGCUAAAGGCAAGCAAGACCACUCUGGAUCGGCUUAAAAAAUAUCGCGAAGAAACCUUCGGCGAUGAACAGGUCAUGUUUAGCCCUGAUCAUCCACUAUUAACUGGGUACUUCGAUACCGCUUUCAAAUCUGUUCGUCCGGAAAUUCUUCUCAACUCGCUUCGCGCUGAUGGAAUUCCGAACGCUAGCUGGAUGUACUCCACCAUUCAGAGUGGAGACGGAGCGAGACAAGUAAUAUUCGGUUCGACUAACGCGAAGCUGCAAGAAGCUGUCGUCGACUUUGUAUCGAAACAAUCUGCAGCCUGCAUGACUCUGCAGGACUUCGCUCUAGUGAAUGUAAGCAAGCAGAUCUCCGCGAAACCCUUAACGGGAGUAACGGACAACCAAAUCGAGGACAGAAUCAUGCAGGAGUUCACUUUCCUGGGCGUUAUGCUAAAAAGGACGGCAGCUGCGAGAGAAAUAAUCAGCAAAGAUGCGUUAAGGCUACCUCGACGUUCAACUCCUUAA